GAAAUGUCAGUUGUGCGCAUUCCAUUUGUCUCUUAAGAGCUGGCAUCCGCGAUCCGACGGUCAACAGGGGACAGUCACGACCAACGUGACUGUACUAGCCUUGAUACAGCGGUGCUUACUAUCCACUGACUUGCAGCUGCAUUAUUCCCUUGGGAGAAUGGACUUCUGUUCCAGUUUGUCCUCAAAGAAAAGCCUCUUGGCUAUCAUAAAGGCCUCCAGCGCCCGAAGAAGAAAACUCGCGGUGAACUGCUCAUCGGUCGGCGGGAUAUUAGACUUUUGUGACGUUUACCCCCAAAAGUCCACACCCACUAAACCUGUCUCUCGCGAAUUAUCACCUGCAAAUCCCAGUGUUGAGCUAAAUGAAUCCCUAAAGAUUGCUUGUGGCUGCACACCUACAAGCUACCUGGGUCCUUGUUUUUUAGCCAGUUCUGAUACUUUUUCUUCCUAUCCUACUAAACCGUUUGAAAAUGAAUUAGCUGAAGACCGUAUUCAUUCCGUCAGCACUCCACGUGAUUCCAAGACUAACUGCCGCACCCCAUCUGAUGAAGACGACGGUUUUGAGGACUUUUUGGGAAGAUUACGUCGGACAUCCCCUGUGUCGAAGGCUCGUGAGGAGUCUACAAAUAGUUUCCUGAAGGACUCGAGUGAUUCGUCCUCAUUAGAGAACGCUACUGACCCGGCUUUUUACUAUCGCAUAGACAAUUCGAGCAGACGCUCAUUACGUAAUAGAAACAGAUCUGGCAUCGCAAAUCCUGCGUACUCAUUACCUACGCAACACUCGCCAGAUCGCUCAAAUUACCCCACUCCUCUACGAUUUUCUUCGCCUUCGUCCGCAGAUGAAAAUGUCUACGCUAGUAAAUGCAACAGCUCGCCUCGUACUCCUCUCCGACCGAUUUCCCAAAAUUUCCAACAACCUAUUUCGGAGUUUGUUUACUCACUGUAUCCGACUGAAGAGACUGGAAGAAACCAGCACAGUCAUACACUUCGACAUCCAAGCGCAGAACGAUUUGUGAAGCACUUCAAAAAGAACCGCGUCGAACUUGCCAAUCGACUUUUCCACAUAUUCAACGCGACAGUAUUUCAACGAAGGUAUUUUUCUCCGAAAUACAUGGAUCCUGUACAUACCCCUGUAAUCGGACGGCUGGAGCUUUCCGAUGGAACUGUUUUUGAUGGACUUCUUUACGGUUCUUGUACUCCGGCCGCAGGAGAAGUUGUCUUCCAAACAGGGAUGGUUGGAUAUAUUGAAUCGUUGACUGAUCCAUCAUAUCAUUCACAACUUUUGGUUUUGACAUACCCCUCCAUAGGCAACUAUGGUGUGCCCUCCGCCACCGAUUUGGACGCCUACGGGUUACCAAAGUGGUUCGAAUCAAGAUCGAUAUUCGCUCGUGGCCUCAUCGUUUCUGAGCUAUGUGCCGAGUACUCGCACUUUGCAGCUGUGAAGUCGCUUCAUUCUUGGCUUGCUGAGAAUGGGAUCACCUGCAUCAGUAACAUCGACACUCGGCUGCUGACUUUAAAACUAAGGCACCAUGGUACCAUGCUCGGAAGGAUUUAUCCGAUGACAUGCGUCGGACGCGAGCCUGCUUGGUUGGAUCCUUCCGAACACAAUCUAGUGGCAGAAGUUAGCUGUCAGAAAGAAACUGUCUACAACCCGGACGGUGAUCUCCACGUGGCGAUUUUCGAUUGUGGUGCCAAAUACAAUCAAAUCCGAUGUUUUUGCUCCAGGGGAACUAAAGUUACUUUAAUGCCUUGGUCCACGGACAUCUCCCAUCGAAUCGACCAGUUCGAUGCAUUAUUUCUGAGCAACGGUCCCGGGGAUCCGAGCAUUUGUUCAUUGGUUGUACAACAGAUCCAACAUUGGUUGAAAUCCGGAAAGCCACUUUUUGGCAUCUGCCUCGGUCAUCAGCUACUCGCCAGAGCCAUUGGACUGAACACUUACAAAAUGAAAUAUGGCAAUCGGGGACACAAUCAACCCUGCAUUCACCUAGAGACAAAGCGCUGUUUCAUCACCAGCCAGAACCACGGCUAUGCCGUAGAUUUGUCCAAUCUCCCCAGUGAUUGGUACGAACUAUUUCGCAAUGCGAACGACCACACCAACGAGGGUCUCGCCCAUCGCUCUCAGCCUUGGAUGAGUGUCCAAUUUCACCCGGAACAUAUGGCAGGCCCUCGUGACCUUGAGUUCCUUUUUGACAUAUUCUUGGAGCAUGUGCGAUCACCGUCUGAUUUGACUUUGAGUGAAAGGAUCACCAAUUCUAUCUACUACCAACAGCUUCCCUUCGAGCACCUCCUCACUACACUUUCUCUCCGCCCUCAUAAAGUCCUACUUUUGGGCUCUGGUGGACUGUCUAUCGGUCAAGCUGGAGAGUUUGACUACUCCGGAAGUCAGGCCCUUAAAGCCUUGCACGAAGAGGGCAUACAAACCUUAUUGGUGAAUCCGAAUGUGGCAACUGUUCAGACAACCGCUGGUAUGGCCGACAAGAUCUUUCUCCUCCCAGUGACUCCUGAAUGUGUUGCACGAGUUAUCGAGACUGAGCGCCCCGAUGGCAUUCUCAUUGCAUUCGGAGGUCAGACUGGUUUAACCUGCGGAUUGGCCUUGGCGACUCCCAAUUCUUGCGACAGCGGUGACGGGGACGGUUCAGAACCUUCGGCUCACGAAGGAACGCUGCAAAGCACAUUGGACGCGUUUGGUUGUCGCGUUUUAGGCACUCCAGCUGCUACCAUUGAAAUCACUGAAGAUCGACAAAAGUUUGCAGACAAAAUGCGAUCCAUUGGGGAACAAGUUGCACCCGCAGCUGCAGCCACGACAAUCAAAGAGGCUGUUGAGGUUGCUGAGCGACUGGGCUAUCCUGUCCUGAUCCGCGCCGCCUUCACACUUGGUGGUAUGGGCUCCGGCUUUGCGCAAAACGCCUGGGAGUUAGAACAGUUGGCCACUCGUGCUCUUUCGCAAACUACGCAGAUUUUUAUCGACAAGUCGCUGAAGGGCUGGAAAGAAAUUGAAUAUGAGGUUGUUCGAGAUGCUUACAAUAAUUGCAUCACCGUGUGCAGUAUGGAGAACGUGGACCCUGUCGGAAUUCACACCGGGGAAUCAGUGGUGGUUGCUCCGGCACAAACGCUAACCAACACCGAGCACAACAUGCUCCGUUCGGUUGCGAUCAAGGUCGCUUGUCACCUACACAUUGUGGGGGAGUGUAACAUUCAGUUCGCAUUGGAUCCACACUCGCCCACCUACUACAUCAUCGAGGUGAACGCCCGACUGUCUCGUAGCUCUGCGUUGGCCAGCAAGGCCACCGGUUAUCCACUUGCCUACAUUGCGGCUAAAUUGUGCCUCGGACGCAGCCUUCCCGAGCUAACCAACGUUGUCACAGCUGAUCAGACGACCGCAUGCUUCGAACCGAGCCUAGACUAUUGUGUGGUCAAGGUUCCCCGGUGGGACCUGAGCAAAUUCACAAGGGUUUCCAGAAAAAUCGGCAGUUCUAUGAAGAGUGUUGGCGAAGUGAUGGCCGUCUCUCGGUGCUUCGAGGAGGCAUUCCAAAAGGCCUUACGUAUGAGCAAAUCGACGGUGCUUGGCUUCGAUGGUACAGACGUGGUGCUCACUGAGGAUGCACUAUCCGAUCCAACGGAUGAGAGGGUUUUUGCGUUGGCCAAAGCUUUGGAAGAGGACUGGUCUGUGGAACGCAUUCAUCAGCUGACUCAGAUUGACCGAUGGUUUUUGUAUCGGUUUGAGGCCAUCACAAAAUGUAAAAAGCAGAUUGAGAAGCUUGAAGAUGGAGUAUUGACACGGCUCGACCGUUUGGCUCAAUCCACCCCUCCCUGUUUCCCUCCGGACCUGGCACCGAGUUCAGUGCAAGCUUUCCUGCACCAACUUGUGCUGUCCAAACGUCUCGGAUUUAGCGACCAGCAAAUUGCAAAUGCACUUCACUCUUCAGCUCUGUCUGUGCACCAGAUUCGCGAGCAUUUUCAUUUCGGUCCGGUCGUGCGUCAGAUAGACACAGUGGCUGGGGAGUGGCCUGCGGUUACCAAUUAUCUCUACCUUAGUUACGGUGAUGUCCCUUUUGCCUCCGUGCUGCGGCUGGACGAACAUGCGCAACCAGGAGCUUUUGUUGAAGCCACUAGAGCUUGUCUCUCCACCACGAAUAGACACGAUGUACAGUUUACUCCUCGAACGCAAAUCAUGGUACUCGGUUCCGGUGUCUACCGAAUCGGGUCCAGUGUCGAAUUCGAUUGGUGUGCUGUGGGCUGCACUCGUGAGUUGCGUCGUUUGGGCUGGUCCACUAUCAUGCUGAACUGUAAUCCGGAGACAGUGUCCACCGAUUUUGACAUGUGUGAUCGCCUCUACUUCGAUGAACUUUCGUUGGAGCGUAUUUUAGACAUAUACAAAUUGGAAUGUGCUGUUGGUGUGAUCUUAUCCAUGGGAGGUCAGACACCCAACAAUCUUGCCAUGCCAAUGCAUCGUUUGGGUGUGCCCAUCUUGGGUACCAGCGCCGAAUCCAUUGAUACGGCAGAGAAUCGGUUCAAAUUCUCCAGAUUGCUCGAUUGUAUGGGCAUAUCACAACCGAGAUGGCGGGAGUUGACCGAUAUGGAAUCCGCACGGUCUUUCUGUAUGGAGGUCGGGUAUCCUUGUCUCGUCCGGCCUAGCUAUGUCCUCUCGGGUGCUGCGAUGAAUGUCGCCUAUGAUAGUCAAGAUCUAGCCGCCUAUUUGUCGGCGGCUAAAUCAGUCAGUCCCGAGCACCCCGUUGUAAUCAGCGAGUUUAUUCUGAACGCCAAAGAGAUCGACGUCGAUGCGGUUGCACAGGCUGGUCGUGUGGUCGCCAUCGCCGUGUCGGAGCAUGUAGAGAACGCCGGUGUACACUCCGGGGACGCAACCCUCGUCACGCCGCCUCAAGAUUUAAAUGAAGAAACUCUCGACCGCAUCAAGCACUUGGUUCACACGCUGGCAGACGAACUACAAGUAUCGGGACCGUUCAACUUGCAGUUGCUCGCCAAGGAUAAUCACCUGCAAAUUAUAGAGGCCAACUUGAGAGUUUCACGGUCUUUUCCUUUCGUCUCGAAAACCUUGAAGUACGAUUUCGUCGCCGCUGCGACGCGGUGUAUUCUGGUAUCUGCUCGUGACUCAGUCGCUCCAUCUACUGCAUUGAUCUCUGUGGACAUCUUUGGUCAGAAGAUGGACGGGCAUUGUGCUUCUCGAUUAGCGCUGGAACCUGUAGCGAAUGUCACCAGUGGGAUUCCUGGACUUGUUGGAGUGAAAGUGCCGGUCUUCUCUUUCUCUCGCCUCCUGGGAGCCGAUGUCCUUCUCGGAGUGGAGAUGGUCAGCACCGGUGAGGUUGCCUGCUUCGGUCGAGAUCGCUACGAAGCCUAUCUGUUGGCGCAAGCAGCUGCACUUUCCAACACAAAUGGUCGCCUUCCUCUGCCAAAAGAGAAUAUCUUCCUCUCCAUUGGAAGUUAUCGUCACAAGAAAGAAUUACUCAUCAGUGUCUCCCAACUCGCCCGACUGGGAUACCAGCUGUUCGGUAGCUGCGGAACAGCUGAUUAUUAUCAGACUCAAGGCAUUCCGGUGACGUCGAUUGAGUGGCCAUACGAAGAGUCGGACGCCACGAAGAACUCAAACGGCCACCCUUCGGACAUCGAUGUUCGAGACCGAACAGUGCAACAGUAUCUGGCUGAGAAGGAAUUCGCCCUCAUCGUGAGUUUGACUAUGCGGAGAACAGGAUACAGGCGCUUUUCCGCCUUUGUUACUCGUGGCUAUAUGACUAGGAGACUGGCUGUGGAAACCAAUGUCCCACUGAUCACCGAUGUCAAAGUGUUCAAGCUGCUGGCCGAAGCGUUGUUCCGACGAUACAGCGGUCAGCUGUCCGUUGGCAAGGAUUUAUCUCAUUCAACACAUCCACCGGAUGUGCAAAGCCGUCUCCUGCCCAUCCAAUGUAUUACAUCCAGUCAGAUCCUAUAUCUUCCCGGAUUAAUUGAUGUGCACGUGCACACAAGGGAUCCAGGGCAUGAGUACAAGGAGGAUUGGAGCACCGUUACGAUGGCUGCUUUGGCCGGCGGUAUCGUCACGAUAUUCGCGAUGCCAAACACCGAUCCUCCUGUCAUAGAUGAAUCGUCCCUUCGUGUGGCCUCCGAACGGGCAGCUGCUCGUGCGUAUUGCGACUACGCUCUCUUCGCUGGCGCGACAGCGGAAAAUAUCGCUACUGUGGGUCAGCUUAGCUCUUCGGUCAUCGGGCUGAAAAUGUACCUCAACGAGACGUUCAGUACGCUUUCGUUGGUUGGCCAAAUGGAUGUCUGGCGGAAGCAUCUUGAGGCAUGGCCCAAAACUCGACCGGUGUGUUGUCAUGCAGAAGGCGAGACCGUGGCAGCCAUUAUUCUCUUGGCUGAACUGACUGAUCGCCAUGUGCACAUAUGUCACGUGGCAAGAAAGGUUGAAAUCGAGUUGAUUGCUCGAGCGAAAGCACGAGGUCUGAAAGUCACCUGCGAAGUUUGUCCGCAUCACCUAUUCCUCACGCAGGACGAUGUGCCCAACGUUGGCUCUUGGCAUGAGGUGCGCCCGAGACUGGGAACAAAGGAAGAUAUCGACGCCCUGUGGGCCAAUUUGGACACUAUCGACUGCUUCGCUACUGAUCACGCGCCUCAUCUGCCGUCCGAAAAGGCUGCUCAGAACGGGCCUCCCGGGUUUCCGGGUCUGGAGAGCAUGCUACCUUUGCUGCUCACCGCGAUGCAUGAAGGUCGUUUAACGCUCAGCGACCUGAUCGAGAAGCUUUGUGUCAAUCCAAAGCGUAUAUUUAACCUAUCGAGCCACCAGUGUCAAACAGGCGUCGCAGGAGACGUCGCAGACCGCUGCGGUGUGUUCGACGAUACCUGGGUUGAAGUAGAUAUGGGUGCCGAAUGGUAUUUGCCUGGCGCAUACCUUGGGACCGAUGCACAACCUGCGUCAGGUAUAUCCGAGAAAUUGCAUACUCGUGCUGGUUGGAGUCCUUUUGCCAAUAAGCGCGUGCGGGGCCGCGUCCGACGAGUUAUGCUCCGUGGAGAGCUGGUUUUCGUUGACAAUCGAGUUCUAGCCAAGCCUGGCUUCGGCAAAAACCUUGUCACACAGUCAGUAACUGCGCCGAUUAAACAAUUCUCUGAUCUGCCAAGCUUGGAGACAACAGAUCGAGCAUUGAAGAUAUCUCCUCCACUGAUGUCUCCUAGACUCCGUUUGGAAUCAUAUGGAGAACGAAUACAGGAUGAGAAUAUGCAUGCUGAACCUCGAAGCCCGGUCCACAUGCCUCCGGCUUCGGUGAUUUCAAAAAGUGCCCCUGUAACAUCGCAGACGUGCUUUUGGAUCGACGGUGUCUCCGGACAGAAUGUGCUAAGUGCGGAUUACUUUCCAAAACAUGCUCUGCAUCGGAUGUUCAAUUUGGCGCAUAGUUUCCGCCGGGCGAUAAUGAAAAACAAAUCUUUGGAACACAUCUGCCGCGGAAAGGUCAUGGCCAAUAUGUUUUUCGAGCCGAGCACCCGGACAGCGAAUUCGUUUGCGGUCGCAAUGCAGCGUUUGGGCGGUUCUGUGGUUCACUUCACCGAGUCCGUGAGUUCCGUGGUGAAGGGAGAAACGCUGGCCGACACAUUGCGUAUCAUGGCCUCGUACGCAGACUGCAUGGUCAUACGGCAUCCGGGCAAGGGCGCUGUGCAAUCGGCGGCUCAUGUGGUAAAAGAUAAACCAAUCAUAAACGCCGGAGACGGCGUCGGAGAGCAUCCCACUCAAGCUUUGCUGGACGUCUUCACAAUACGAGAGGAAAUUGGCACAGUUAACGGGCUGACAGUCACUAUGGUAGGUGACUUGGCUCACGGAAGAACUGUGCACAGCCUUGCACGAUUACUGUGUUUGUACAACGUGAGACUCCGGUAUGUGACCCACUGCGACGAACUUCGGAUGCCGGACGAUGUCAAACAGUACGUCUCUUCCAGAGGCAUACCUCAAGAAGAAAUGAGCGAUCUGGCCGAAGCACUCCCGGACACCGAUGUUUUAUACAUGACGCGGAUACAAGCUGAACGAAUGAAAUCCGCGAACUCCCUCACCGCACGGCAAUUCGUGAUCACUCCCGAACUAAUGACGCGUGCCAAGAAAUCAGGCAUGAUUGUGAUGCAUCCUCUCCCACGAGUCGGGGAAAUCAGUCCGACAUUCGAUUCGGAUCCCAGAGCAGCCUACUUCCGACAGGCGGAGUAUGGGAUGUACGUGCGCAUGGCCUUGCUAGCUACUCUGCUAGCGCAUCCGACGCAAUGAGCAUUGUAUGGUGGUAACUUUUCCGAUCGCCUCUUAUUGUUGAUUUUUUACAUCAAUUUUGUUCCGCGCCUUCUCUGUCGCAACCGGAUUUCUUGUCAAAUACAGAGAACUCUGAAUCA